AUGGACGACGAGCUCAUGGAUUCGAUGGGUGGCGGGGGUGGUGGAAGUAAGCGUCAGCAUCAGGGCACCAAGUACCAUCGAACAAUUCAGUCCGAUGGGACGUACCUAACCCUGAGACAUGCCUUCGGGGUAGAGGGGGGCAUCCGGGACAACGUGGCGUUCGUCACAGUGCCGGAUCCGGACGCCGAGGGGGCAGGGCUGAUGCUCGGAUACCUCUUGCAUCCAGUCGGUCAGCAGGUAGCCAUGCACCGCGUGGAUGACGGCAGCAUGAAAUUCCUCGUCAGUCGUCAGAGAAACGUGCGAGAAAUAUUAGCACUGUGCGUUUCGCCCAACAAGCGGGUCAUUGCCGUCUGCGAGAAAGGCCGGACCCCCGAAGAGGAUCCGGGGAGCGCUCAGGUGUCGGUUUACCUCGUGGCGAACGGGAAACGAAUCCGAACGAUGCUGUUCCCCGGAAGGGGAGACUUCAUAACGUGUUGCUUUUCGGGGGACAGCAAAUGGCUCGUGACUGCCGCAACCGAGCCUGAGAGCAAUAUCGUGGUCUGGAACUGGGAAAAGGAGAAGGUAGACAAAACCGCCCAAAACAGCGGUUCCUCCGCCACCCGGGUGGCGUUCCACCCAGGGGACCACGGCUUCUUUACUACGAGCGGGGCGCAGCACCUGCGGCUGUGGUAUACCUCGUCCGAUAACGUACUCAAGGCCCACGGGAUCCUGCCGCAGGCAAAGGAACAGGGAAAUUUUACCGACCACGCCUGGAUCCCUGGCACGGCAGGCCAGCCCACCCGGAUGGUGGCAAUAACAGAUGGAGACGACCACGGAGCGUCAAGCGGAGGAGGAGGGGGAGGGAUGAACCAGCGCGGGUCCUUAAUCCUAGUUUUCGACGCUACGGAGGCCUCCCCAUUCCUCGAGCUCAAGCAGACGCUGCACGCGCAGUUGCCGCACACGGCCCGGCUCGAGACGCUCAUGCCAUUCAGCAAGGGCUUCAUUGUGGCCGGUGGAGGGAUCAAUGGAUACCUUGGAGUCUACGAGAACAUGGAAGACCACCGCGACCCGUACAUGUGGAUCAAAAGCUUUACGGCCAACGGCUCCGUCCUCGAAUCGCUCACGCUGAACCGCGGUAGCGAGGUCAUGUACGUCUAUUCCAGGACCAACGAAAUCCUGACGUUCAACCUCGGGAACAUGGACGUGCUCGACGAGGGCAUCAACCACUUCCACCCGUUGCUGCAGGGGGGUAAUCACACAUCCCCGGUCGUGGCACUGGAUGUGUGUCUUACCAAGCCGAUCGUCGUGACCGUGGGAGAGGACCGCGUGCUAAGGGUCUGGAGUUAUCUCAAGUGGGGCCCAAACACACAGAAGUGGAAGUGCGAGGUGGUGUACGAGUUUCGCAACGAAGACCCCAACUGCGCGAGCCUUCACCCCACGGGCUUUCAGGUGGCCGUGGGAUUCAAGGACCGGGUCCGAAUCUACAGCCUUCUGAUGGAGGGGCUGAGAGUGCUGAGGGACAUUCCUCAGAAGAACUGCCGGGCAGUGGCCUAUGCCAACGGCGGACACCUCCUGGCUGUUGCGAGCGGGUUUUCCCUGAUGGUGUACACAUCCAUCACGGCGCAGCAGGUGCCCGGUCGAAGCUUGCUGGUGGCCUUUUGUCGGAGUGUGUGGUCCGUGUUGAUCCUGUCGGUGCUGGGAGCGCAUGGUGGUGGCAUUGCUCAUAUUGGGUGUUCCUGGCGAGCACUCGGUCGAAGCUCGAAAAGGAGUCUUUGUCCGGCCGAAUGUGUAGCUGGUAUUGCGUGA